CUAUAAAAUAUAAAAAAACAAAUGGUGCUAAAAUGUAACUACUAACUACACAGAUGUCAUUGAGAAAAUUUCAGAGUGAGCGACAUUUUAUAUUAAAUUUUACUUAUUUUGAUGACAACCUACUUCAGAACACAACAACCAAUAUAUUUUAUUAGCCUAAUGAAGAAGAGUGGUAACGUUAUAAGACAUGAGCGAUUUAUAACACUCAAAAUAAAAAUAUUCAUCUUGGAUGAGAGCUUGUUAUUGUUAAUCACACACACUGUCACACAUAAUAAUGCAAAUGAAGUUAGAAUAUAUAUACAUUUCUAACAAAAAUAUAGUUACUCAGUUCUUCCCUCCAUGCAACCCAAACGUUUCUUUGGAACCACAAUCUCAGCUUUACUGUGGGAAAUGAGGAGCAAAAUGGUGAGUUCUCACCUUCGCCCUGACUUAAGACAUCAGAGCAAACAACUAGUAAGUUUUUCCCCAGGUGACAGUUGCCUACAUAGAGAAACAACCCAAAAAUUGGACUGUAUUGCUCGGCAAUGGUACAGGUCCUCCUUACAGUGACAAUAAGAUCCAUCUGACAGGGUGUAUGAAAAUAUCCAACAGAAAAUAUUUAUAUUUAAUAUAAUAAUAUAACUUUUAAAUUUGUUCAUGUCAAAAUAUUCCAGUUUGGACUUGGACGUUUAGAUAAGAUGUCCGGAUCUACAAAUUCCCAUCCUAAACUGUGUGUCUAUACUACCAAUUUUAUUUCGUUAUGUUUUCAACAUUUGUUUCCUCCUCUCCUCGACCUUCCAUUGUUGUUUUUGGUUGUAACUUGAUAAUUGACCAUAAUUAUUAAUUAUGGAGAAAAAAAUCAUAACACUGAUAAAAAUGUUGCAACUAGCUAUUCAUUAUUACUGUUAAAAGCUUAGAGAAGCAUAAAAUUAUCUGGAGGUGCCUUUAGGUAUGCAUUCUAGGGCGCAAGCAAGUCAGUUCACAAACUUCAAAACAAACAUACACAAAAUAUACGUGACAUAAGAUAAAAUUUACAUUUAUGUUAUUUAAUUUUACUUUAUACAUCUGAUAACAGUGAUCUGUGUUGUGAAUGAUUUGAAUUAAUUUGUUUCCUCGCAGCUGAAAAACUGAAACACACCAGUAGUUCAUCAGGCUAUCAGGAAAUAUGAAAUAUGUCCUAAUUUAUUUUUUUGUAUUCUUAAUGUGAGUGUUUCACUGUUCCUUUCACUUCAUUGACAUUGUGAUGUAUAAUGUCGCUUAAUCCCUGGAUUGUGAUAUUAUUGUCAUCUUUGGCACAAUACAGUGAGUCACUCAUUGUAUGAUUUAAUCAAAAUAUUUGCUCCUGGUUGUUAUGAGUUACUUGACUGACUGAUACUUUGCUUGAAUAAUUGGCUACUUACAACGGCAAUUUGAUGGUUUUGUAGAGUAACUGGAGUCACAAUUGAAGAAGCUGCACACCUUCCUGGUCUGUCUGAAAACUGGAGGAGCAGCAAGGAACUUUUCCCUGGAGGUCAGGCCAGCACAAGAGCACAAGCACAAUGAGGAGGAUGGGAGUCUGCACAUUCCCCCAAACCCAGAGAUGAAGACGGAAGAUAUUCAACCUUCUGGCCUGGCAGCUCCUGGUAUUAAAAAGACACACCGCACACAGUUGGAUACAUGUCACUUGUGAAUACUUGAAGCUGAAGCACACACACGGCGCUGUCAUCACUUCUUCCCUCUGCUUCCAAAGAGGGCGACACAAGAGUGGGUCAAAGAAGAAGUACUUUAGUGUCAUGGAGUGGGCAAGCAAGUCUCCAGACUUUAAUUCCAUGGAUCUGAAGCUUCAAGUUACCAAGCAACAGCCUUAGAACAUGAUGGAUUUGGAGAGAUUCUGUAAAGCCAAGUUGGACUGAACUGAGGGGACCCGCCCCCCGAAACCACCAUGUUGCUCUGGGCAGUGUGGAGUAUAAUUUUGUUGCUGAUUCCACUGGAUGCUGCAGAAAAGAAAGAGGAUGUCCGAGCAGGCUGCAGCACAGCAGUGAAUGACUUGGUCUUUAUUGUUGAUGGCUCGUGGAGUGUUGGCGUUGCUGAUUUUGAAACAGCCAAGCAAUGGCUAAUCAACAUCACCAGCCAGUUUGACAUCAGUUCCCACUAUACACAGGUGGCGGUGAUCCAAUACAGUGACACUCACCGUCUGGAGAUCCCUUUGGGAAAACAACAAAGUGCUGCAGAACUCAUUCAGGCCAUAAGAGGCAUCACUUACAUGGGAGGAAACACACAGACUGGCAGAGCCAUUAAGUUUGCUGUGGACCAUGUUUUCGCCACAUCCCAGCGAGCCAGCCAAGUCAAGAACCGCAUUGCUGUUGUGGUCACAGAUGGCAAAUCCCAAGAUGAUGUAGUGGACGCCAGUAUAGAGGCAAGAGCUCAAAGCAUUACAGUGUUCGCAGUGGGAGUCGGUAGUGAAAUCACGAACUCAGAGCUUGUAUCGAUUGCUAACAAACCAUCUUCCACCUAUGUCCUGUAUGCUGAAGAUUACACCACCAUUGACCGUAUCCGAGACUCGAUGGAGCAGAAGCUCUGUGAGGAAUCUGUGUGUCCCACAAGAAUCCCAGUGGCUUCUCGAGAUGAGAAAGGCUUUGAGCUAAUGGUGGGCAUGAAUAUUGAGAAAAAAGCCAAGAAAAUUCCUGGCUCUUUGGUGUCUGAGACUGCCUUUGCUCUUACUACCUCGACUGACAUUACUGAGGACACAAGAGAGAUUUUCCCAGAGGGCCUUCCUCCAUCCUAUGUAUUUGUAGCCACCAUUCGUCUCAAGGGGAUUGCACAAAAGUUGAACUUCGACCUUUGGAGGGUGCUAUCAAAGGACAAAAAGAUCCAAGCUGCAGUGACACUAAAUGGAAAGGACAAAACUGUCACCUUUACCACGACUAAAAUAACAAACAAGGAGCAGAGGAUUGUCUUCAAUUUGGGAUUUGAGGCUCUAUAUGAUGGAAUGUGGCAUCAGCUUAAACUCCUGGUGAGGCCCAGCCAGGUCAGCAGCUUCCUUGAUGAUCAGCGCAUUCAGGAAAUAACACCAGAACCAAUGGAAGCCAUUUACAUUAAUGGCAAGACGCAGGUGGCAAAGAGGCGAGGAACAAAUGUCACUGUCCCUGUGCAAAUCCAGAAACUGCGUCUGUACUGUGAUCCUCUUCAGAGUGAGAGAGAAACAGCCUGUGAGAUCUUCUAUGUGGAUGAUGAAAGGUGUCCUCUGAAUCGAAAAGCCUCAAUUGCAGAAGUGGAAGACUCUGAUGGUGCAGUUGGACCUCCUGGGCAGCGUGGCACACCAGGACUCAUGGGCGAAAAAGGGGAGGCAGGGUCACCUGGAGCUGAUGGUAAGCCUGGUGAAAUAGGGAAGCCUGGCCCUCCAGGAAUAAUGGGGAAGAAGGGUGUCGAUGGCUCACCAGGACCAAGAGGACAGCCUGGUAUCAAGGGCGACAAUGGAAUGACAGGCUUAACAGGACCACAGGGGCUUCCUGGGGAGACGGGUGAACCAGGACAUCCAGGAGAAGCGGGUUUAAAGGGAGAUCCUGGUGCUGUUGGAGCUCAAGGAGCCCCGGGUGCCCAGGGACCUCCAGGAGAAGCAGGCCCACUGGGACCUCAGGGAGAGAAGGGGUUGCAAGGACCACCUGGCAUACAAGGAACACCGGGGAACUGCGGUGAUUCGCGGGUUAAUACGUGUCUCGGUUCACCAGGGCAGAAGGGGUCAACAGGGGAGCCGGGGUUUCCAGGGCUACCAGGUGCCCCUGGGCACCCGGGGUACAAAGGUCAUUGGGGAGAGGUGGGAAAGCCAGGCCCAAAAGGAAAUAAGGGCGACCGAGGGAGAGAUGGAGAGCCAGGGACUCCUGCUAUACCUGGCCAAGUGGGACCCAGGGGAAGGGAAGGAGAGAAAGGAUUGAAAGGGGGUGAGGGCCCAAGAGGGCCUGAGGGAAAGAAAGGGGAUAUGGGUCACAAUGGCCACAUGGGUGCUGUUGGUCCAAGGGGAUUUCCUGGCCUGGACGGGUUGCCAGGUCAACCAGGUCAGCCUGGAUUUCCUGGAAAGCCAGGCAAAACACCAUCGGAUGAGCAUCUUGUCAAUCUCUGCACUGAUGUCCUGCGCAUUCAACUCCCUGCACUUCUCCGGACCAUGGAUACAUCAGCGUGGUGUGAACCCUGCCAUAUUGUGAAGGGCCCCCCUGGUGAGACAGGUGCUCCAGGACCGAAAGGCUCCAUGGGAAUCCCUGGAUAUCCUGGCAGCACUGGCUCCCCAGGAUACCCCGGAACUCCUGGAUUGCAGGGUUCUCUUGGCCUCAAAGGUGACACAGGACCAAGAGGGUUCAAGGGCAGCAAAGGUGAAGGUCACCAGGGACGUCCAGGACCACCCGGGCAGCUAGGGGCUCAAGGUCCUCGUGGCUUUGAUGGAGUUGGACAGCCGGGCAACCAGGGAAUUCCUGGGAAACCAGGAGCCCCUGGAGAUCCCGGUAAAAGGGGUAAUCCAGGGACACCGGGGGUAUGUGAUUUAUCCAUGUGUUAUCAGACCUACAACCUAAGGGAACAUUACAGCAAAGGACCCAAUAUCUGAUGGCAUACGCAGCAGCGAGGGACAGAAGUGCCACUGGCUUUAACACCCACAUGUAUCCAGAGGCCAUUUACUGUAUCACUGAUUCAUGUGUGACUGUUGACUCCUGCAGAAGCACGUUGUGCGCAGCACAACAACACUGGUGGCAGAAAUAACCUCAUACGUUGAGUCAAACUGAAAUGGGUGGCACAUGAUUCAUAGUUACGGAAUUAAUGGUCAAAACAUCAGCUGAGGGAAGUAUUCUGGGACACAAAUUGGACUUUUCAGUUGGAGCGGGUUUAUUAGUUCAAUGUAAAACAGAUUAGCACUAAUGUUUAUGACUUAGUUGUGUUUUGCUUUUGUGUAACUCGACAGAUUAUUAGUGGACGAGAUUGAAGGUUAGGCUAGCAGCAGUCCAAUGAGUAUUAACACCGUAUGUAUAAUACUCCGCGACAGCGGUUCUCAAACACCACCACACCAAGUACCAUCUAAAAAAAAAAAUACUUCGCACUCCAAGUCCCAAAAUUCAAAUACAGUAGCAUAGUAGACCCAAGUGUUCAUCAAAAAUAGACUUAAUAGGUCAAAAAAAACUGCUCUACGACACUAAAUUAAUUUCACAUGGAAUCAGGAGGAACACUAAAACAUAAAAACCAAAUCCAGCAAUAGAUUUCAUGUGGAAGGAUGCAUUCAUUCGAUUAGUGGAAAAGAUGGAUGGUUGUGGGUGUAAAGUGACAACAAGUUAGCUUUAAUUAAUCAAAUAAUCUUACUUGUGUGUGGAGUUUGCAUGUUCUCCCCGUGCCUGUGUGGGUUUUCUCCGGGCACUCCGGUUUCCUCCCACAUCCCAAAAACAUGCAUUAAUUGAAGACUCUAAAUUGCCCGUAGGCAUGACUGUGAGUGCGAAUGGUUGUUUGUUCCUAUGUGCCCUGCGAUUGGGUGGCAACCAGUUCAGGGUGUACCCCGCCUCCUGCCCGAUGACAGCUGGGAUAGGCUCCAGCACGCCCACGACCCUAGUGAGGAGAAGCGGCUCAGAAAAUGGAUGGAUGGAUCUUACUUGUUGAAAACAUUCUCCAAAACAUGAACGCAACUCCAAGGUGGCAUUAAUGGGUUUACUGUAUCUACAAGUUAUUUCUGCCUUGAGCGCUUAAGUGCUGCCCCAUAAUAAUGAUUGUAUGAAAUGUGGGAAAAUGUCAGCACGUUCUUGAAAAGUGAAUCUGUAUCGCGCGGAUCAAUAUACAUCAAGUUCAUCUUGUUAUUUACUUUUAACUUUUAACCUAAUAGAAAAAGGAUAUAUUUACUUCUGGAAGGUUCGGACGAUAAGUUGUCAAUGAUUUUUGCCCAUAUACACCAUCACUAUGUAUUUGAAAUAAAACAAUGAAGGUGUCUAUGUAGACUUUCAUCGUUAAAAAGAUGACAUUUACCAUUUCCAAAUAACAAUCUCUUUAUGCAUAGUAUCUCCUUUAUCAGUGCAUCAAAAGUAUUUGCGCAAAGUGACAUUUUUCUCUACAACUGUAUAUUGUUAGCUCCUGGUAAACGUCCUUUCAAUCAUAUCAUAUGCUUGUUAGCAUAGCAUGCUGAUUUCAAAUCAAUUGUAAUGGUGUAUAAAAGGCAAAAUCACAAAUGUUGUCAUUGUCUAAAUAUUUCUGGACCUCAGUGUAGGGUUACCAUCCAACCAUCAGACCUCCCUUUUUGGAACACGCUUUAUGACUGACAAGGUAUGCGUUCAUCACAUUGUAGUUGUUAUGUCGUCUGCGGCCUUUCUAUCCCCCUCUUUGUCUUAAGCACCAAGGUUUGUGCUAAUCCAAAUAUGUCCAUGUGACAAACAGGCUACGAAGAAUUCUGUUUUUUUUACAUAUUUAUAUUGACCCGCUAAGCAAUACUGACUGGAUUUGCAUGAAAUGUCUGUGCAUGGAUAGAAGAAGACUUUUAAAAUCUCUAAUUUACCUCACCUAUACAAUAGGAGCUAGGCAUGUACAUGUAUUUACGUUUUUAAAUUUAAAUCUUAUCAUAUUUUAAAUAGAGGCCUGUUAACUGCUGAAACCCCCCCCCCCCCCCCCCCCCCCCCACGCUUUUUUAGCACAAAUUCAAUGUUUAUGCUUUUCAGAUUUUUGAUCAAAUAAACGCACACCAUUUUUAUUUAUUUUUUUGGUAGUGACCAGGAGCGUUUAUUUACUCAAUUGUCUAUUACAAGACCACUGUUUGAGGAAAUACAAUAAGGUUAGAUACAUACCAUUCUAAAAUCAUAGCAGUAUAAUAAUCAGCGGAAACUGAAUUGUUGCUGCUCUGUGUUGCUUUCCUUUUUGUGCAUUCGAAAUCCUCCAUUAUCACUCUGUUCAUAUAUUUCUGGGACAUGAAAAACUAGGAGACUUUGCUUACUGUCAUUUGUCUUUAAUUGCCAAAUUACAAGCUUUCCAAGCCACAAAACGGUUUAAUCCACAUAAUUCCUAGUAGGUUUUCAAUUCCUAAACAUCCAAGCUGAAUAUCAUAUUGCACUUGUUGGUUGCUUGCCUACAUUUGGGAAUACAACAACAAAAAGCAUGCAUAAUAAUGGAUAUGCUGACACAUUAUUUUUAGACACUGUUGGAAAUUGUUUUUUUUUUUUCAUUUCUAUUCAUAGUGCUCCACAAAUGUUCCAUGAAAAAGGGUUAGGUGGAGCAUUGUCAGCACAUCACAAAAGGAUGUUUAAACUUUUGACAUCUUUGCACGAUUUCCCAAGCAGAGUCAAUUCCAAUACAAAGUAAUUCUGCAUGGAGCUUUUUGUAUUGAGUGCAACUGAGAUUUUUCAUCAAUUUUAACGGUAAAUUCCAAUGUCAUUUGUGGAUUGCAGUGCUCGUGAUAGUCUGGAUGAUAUACAGAUUAUUGCUUUUUACUUUACAUAUCAGCUGUUAUUAUUUUAACUUCAUCAGUGAGUAUAAACUAGAAAAGGUUCGAUUACAGUCACACAGGAGCACAUGGUGCCAAUUUGUAUUUUGAAUAAAUUACAGAAAGUUGAGCGCCAACUAAUCACCUAGCUUCCAAUGAUUGCCACAUCACUUCAGUAAAGCAAAGCAGAUUAAUUGAGUCUCGAGAUUCGAGAGCUUUCCAGUCAUCUAUUUUGUUAGCUGUUUCAGUGUUUUGCCCUGUUUCAUGUUCUUGCCUUCAAUGUGAAUUGGUGAAUUACAGCAGCAGUCGUCAGCAAUGUAACAUUAGAAUUGCCCGUGAUGCUUCCAAGGUCUAAAAAGAGGGAACUGAAAUGAGUUCAGUCAUUUACAGCUGUAGAGACAAACAGCACCUAUUUCAGACCCAUGCAGAUAGAUGCAUUUAGCAUUCACAUUAACUGCUCCAGACAAAAAGAAACACAUUUAACUAUAAAUGUAGGCAGCAUAAAAAAUGGGUUUUCAAGGAGCAGAACAAUUUUUGCUCAAACUGAGAUUAUCACCACCCCACAUUUAGUUGCGGAUUAAAUUUAGUUGCCUUGUAAGAAGUGAUUUCUUUCUCAAUUUCCACAGAAAAAGGUUUGGGACAAACGUCAGCGCAAAACUGUCAUAUGGAAGCGUCAAAAAUGCCUUGAGGGAUAACAAACCUAACAAGCGCCUCUCUCUGGGGUUUGCGCAUCAGGAAGCCGUUUCUAAACUGAUACUUUUCACUUUCAUACGGUACAUUUCUACUUGUCAGAUUUGGCAAGUUUCAAAGUAGUCCCCAAAGAAUAGGUAACUAUGGCGUCGUUAUUCACAGCACACGGAUGACUUUUGGUGUGCAAAUACUCCUGUUAUCCCACUUUUAAUUAUUGCCUAUUGAUCUAAAAUAUUAAUCUCAAAUAGUGACCAUGGGUGUUUAUUAGAGGUAAGAGGAGGCCUUUUUAUGUAUAAACAUUUCUCAACGAGUUUUUGUUCCCAAAUAAUUGCAAUUGUUAUUUAGAAUAUAAUUUUUUUUACUGUACAGUAAUACAUUCUUAUAACCCUAACCCCCACCUUUUAAAGAUGAGGUGCUUAUUUGUUCAAGUGGGUGAAACUCCCAUUGAAUAAUUGAGACACAGUGUCUAUUAGAAUGUUUGAGCAAAUAAUGGCUGGAUAUUAAAAUUUUGACCCAGAAAGGAAAACACUGAAAGCACAACAUGACACUCAUGUCCACGCUGACCACCAUAAUUUUGUGCUAACAAAUAAUGUGGACUAAAGUUAGUUGACUCAACAACAUAAAAUGCAAUUUUGAUUUAGUACAAAACCCAUAUAAGUGCUAUUAUCCUAAAGCUAUUAGAUAUUGGUGGAAUGACCUGAACAAUAAUUUUUAGUUUUAAAAGUUUUUCCUGCUGAGUUUGUCCCCCAAUUUUAUUACACUGUGACUGAGUUUGACAGCUAUAGCAAUUAUAGUGAUAUAUUCUUAGACUGUUCUUUUAGUUAAUUAUUUGUAUAGUUUUUUUUUUUUCCAAACCUGGUAGUGCAAUGAUUUAUCACAUUAAGCCUUUGUAGUUGUUUAUUAUUUUGAAGUAGUUUCACAUUGCCACAAAUGUAUUUGUAAUAUAUCCUGAGAUGAUAAAUCGUAAUUUCUAUUUUGUUGGGCAUUAUUUAUCUACAUAUCAUUUGGUAAAUGUUCAUGUUAAUAUUUGGAAGAUAUGAUUGGAUUCCAUUUGCAAUGUUUUUGUUUUUUACAAAUGUAUUUUAUAUGACAAUAAAUAUUGUUG